AUGGCUACGGAACAACCCAAGGUUCUGGGCAUGCCGCCCUUCAUGGCCGACUUCCUGAUGGGUGGUGUCUCUGCCGCCGUCUCGAAGACCGCCGCUGCCCCCAUUGAGCGUAUCAAGCUCCUGAUUCAGAACCAGGAUGAGAUGCUCAAGUCCGGUCGUCUCGACCGCAAGUACGACGGCAUUGCUGACUGCUUCCGCCGUACCGCCGCUGACGAGGGUGUCAUGUCCCUGUGGCGUGGUAACACUGCCAACGUCAUCCGUUACUUCCCCACCCAGGCUCUGAACUUCGCUUUCCGUGACAAGUUCAAGCAGAUGUUCGGUUUCAAGAAGGACCGUGACGGAUACUGGUGGUGGAUGGCCGGUAACUUGGCCUCCGGUGGUGCUGCUGGUGCCACCUCCCUCCUCUUCGUCUACUCCCUUGACUACGCCCGUACCCGUCUGGCCAACGACGCCAAGAACGCCAAGAAGGGUGGCGACCGUCAGUUCAACGGUCUGAUUGACGUCUACAAGAAGACCCUCGCCUCCGACGGUGUUGCCGGUCUCUACCGUGGCUUCAUGCCCUCCGUCGCUGGUAUCGUCGUCUACCGUGGUCUGUACUUCGGCAUGUACGACUCCAUCAAGCCCGUCCUCCUCACUGGCUCCCUCCAGAACAACUUCCUUGCCUCUUUCGCUCUCGGUUGGUGCGUCACCACCGGUGCCGGUAUCGCCUCGUACCCUCUUGACACCAUCCGUCGUCGCAUGAUGAUGACCUCUGGUGAGGCCGUCAAGUACAACGGUACUCUCGAUGCUGCCCGCCAGAUCGUUGCCAAGGAGGGUGUCAAGUCCCUCUUCAAGGGUGCUGGUGCCAACAUCCUCCGUGGUGUCGCCGGUGCGGGUGUCCUGUCGAUCUACGAUCAGCUCCAGGUCAUCCUCUUCGGCAAGGCCUUCAAGGGUGGCUCGGGCUAA